AUGGAGCAACCUGCAUCAUUAACCGGUAGCGUGUUUCCGGUACGCCCUUCGUUGGACCAUUUACUCGCCAUGGGCGAUGACGAUGAGGAGGAAGAGGAGGGGGCGGUGGUGGUGGACGAAAUGAAGGAAAAGCCGGAACUUGUUCAUCCAGCAAAGGAUGACACAGGUGGUGGCGUAGUAACGGACCAUUGUUCAUCUGUCGUCGAAAACUCGGAACAGGCAACGAAUGGAGAAUCUGCAGCAGUGGAUGACGAUGAUGACGAUGACGGGGCUUCGGAAUUGACGGAAUUGCAACAACUGCCCGAUACGCAACAGCCUGCCGGGACGGCCAAGGAGCAGAAACUGCUGGCCAAGGCUACGUUCGAUAACAUUGCCGAAAGUACGGACGAACUGGCUUUUCGCAAAGGCGAAACAUUGACCGUCAUCGAAACAGAUACCAAUGGGCUGAAAGGAUGGUGGCUGUGCCAGCUACGUGGUCGUCAGGGUAUCUGUCCGGGCAACAGAUUAAAAAUUAUUCAAUCACACGACUCGGGUUGCUUCACACUCUCACCCGCCUCAUCGCCCUGUCCGACGAUCGAUUCCACCACCAAUCUGAACAGCCCGAUACCGAGCGAAAUCUACGAAAAUACGUCACUGUGUAGCAGCACCAGCGCUGGCAGUCAGCGGCAGGGCAAACGGCGAUCCUGGCACAUCAUGCCCAACAAGGUACUAACACCGCAAAAAUGUGGCGACGUUUAUCUGUAUGACCUGUUGCCACCGUCAUCGGCGCGUGUAUCCACCAGCAGCUACCAUCACCAGCAGCAACAGCAGCACCAACAUUCGGCAUCGGCCGACGCGCUCGAUACGUACGACGUUCCGAAGCCGGCCGUUCCAAUCGGACAGGGUGGACCACCCACAACACCGGGGGCAGGAUACGAUCCACAUCAUCCCCAUCAUCGAACGUGCUGGAGUCGGACGCCAUCCCUUCCGUACGGCGGGGCUGGGCAUCCUCCGCUAGCCCAUCUUCACUAUCCACACCCGAACACACCGUCAUCCCUAUCGUCCCCUUCAUCGUCGCUGAGUUUCCCCCAUCCACAUCCUGCCGGCUAUCAUCUUCAGCAGCAGUAUCCACAUCUUGCCGCCGGCUAUCGAAUGGAGGAAUCGUACGAUGUACCGCGACCACUGCUUUCUCAGCAGCAACACCUGACACCGAGCAGUUCCAACUCGUCGCUGCUAACGUCGGACAGCUUCAGUUUGUCCUCCUCGAAUCGUUCCUCGUUGGCAAACAUGCCCGACUACGAUGUACCGCGGCGUAAUCCUGUUUCGGUUCGCUCGACACCACCGCCACCCGGCGCGGGCGGUGCCGGUCCACCACCCGGAACGCCAAGCUUCACCUCCAGCCAUCAUUCGAUGUCGAUGUCAUCGUUUAGCAGCAUGUCCACGUACGAUGUACCACCGUCACACAUGCACGGCGGAGCAAAUGGGUCGGGAUAUGUGUCGGCAAAGCUGCACCAACAACAAACGGCACCGGCCACACCGAGGGAACUUCCGUUGGAAUUGUCCUCCGCGCUGGAAACGCUCGCGAGACUGCAAAACGAGGCUACAACGGCCGUUACUAGGUUACUUUCUUUUGUAUCUCCCAACUGGAGGGUAAAGGAAAAGCUCGAUCCAAUACUGAUGGACAUUAAGCUGGCUGCCGUACGUCUUCGAACGGCACUGCACGAUCUGGCCGAAUUUGGCGAUGGUGCUCUCGGCAAUGCAACCAAAGCAGAAGACAAAGGCUUAGCACAAAAAUUGAAACCCCUCGUGAAAGCACUGCGCGAUGCAGAUAAGCUCGUGCACGAAGCGUCGCAAAAUCUGGAUGCCCAGGGCUGGACCCUGGUUACGCUACAGCGCCCAGAAGCAACACAGAAACUGCAGCAACAGCUACCACCGGACAGUCUCGAUCAGCUGAUCGCGUGUGCACAAACGCUCACCGAAGACGUGCGCCAAACGGCAUCGUUCAUUCAGGGUAAUGCGACACUUCUUUUCAAACGUUCACCCUCGACCCCGCAGACGUCCGCACCGACAACCCCACAGACCCCUACCGGUGCGGGAAAAUCUACAUCCGGCGGUGGUGCAUCCGGUGGCGAGUGGCCCGAGGAUUAUGAUUACGUUAGUCUCGAAUCGAAGGAAGCAUCCGCACGGACGAACGCCGAGAUUAGGGAUGCGCUGCCGAACGAUCUAAAGAAAAACUUCGAAAACGUCGUACGCAAUGCGGCCGAUGCGGCAGCCGCUAGUGUAUCGGAGCGGCCGGAGGCAGCGCUCGAUCCGAACGAUAAAUCGGUCCUGGUGUACUAUGCAUCCCAGACCGUCACACACAUGGGUUACUUGACGCAGGCGAUCGAUGCGUUCCUUCAAACGGUCGAGCAUAAUCAACCACCGAAGUUUUUCCUAGCUUAUGGCAAAUUUGUAGUGCUUAGUGCACACAAUCUCGUCAACAUUGGUGACAUCGUGCACCGGAACGUGUCGCGGGAGUGCAUCAAAACGCGCGUUCUCUCCUGUGCGGAUGCACUGUCCGAGGCACUCAAGACGUGUGUGGGAAAGACGAAGAAGGCGGCCCAAAAUUUCCCGAGCGUUACCGCGGUGCAGGAGAUGGUGGAUUCGGUGGUAGACAUUUCGCACCUAGCAAGCGAUCUAAAGAUUGCGAUGCUGGAGGCAGUGCAGCAGUAG